UUGCCAGAAGAGGGAGAGAGAGAGAAGGCAAAUGUUCCCCCAGCUGUUUCCUGUCUACAGUGUCUGUGUUUUGUAGAUAAAUGUGAGGAUUUUCUCUAAAUCCCUCUUCUGUUUGCUAAACCUCACUGUCACUGCUAAAUUCAGAGCAGAUAGAGCCUGCGCAAUGGAAUAAAGUCCUCAAAAUUGAAAUGUGACAUUGCUCUCAACAUCUCCCAUCUCUCUGGAUUUCUUCUUGCCUCAUUAUUCCUGCUAACCAAUUCAUUUCCAGACUUUGCACUUCACAAGCAAUGGGAAAAGUCAGCAGUCUUCCAACCCAAUUAUUUAAGUGCUGCUUUUGUGAUUCCUUGAAGGUAAAGGUACACAUCAUGUCGUCCUCCCAUCUCUUCUACCUGGCCCUGUGCUUGCUCACCUUCACCAGCUCCGUCACAGCUGGACCGGAGACACUCUGCGGGGCUGAGCUGGUGGACGCUCUUCAGUUCGUGUGUGGAGACAGGGGCUUUUAUUUCAACAAGCCCACAGGGUAUGGCUCCAACAGUCGGAGGGCAAUUCAGACAGGCAUUGUGGACGAGUGCUGCUUCCGAAGCUGUGAUCUGAGGAGACUGGAGAUGUACUGCGCCCCGCUCAAGCCUGCCAAGUCAGCCCGCUCUGUCCGUGCCCAGCGCCACACUGACGUCCCCAAGGCUCAGAAGUAUCAGCCCCCAACUACCAACAAGAAAAAGAAGUCUCAGAGGAGAAGGAAAGGAAGUACAUUUGAAGAACGCAAGUAGAGGGAAUGCGGGAAAUAAGAGCUACCGAAUGUAGGAAGACCUUCCUGGGGAGUGAAGAAUGACAUCCCAUCGGCAGGAUCCUUUGCUCUGCAUGAAUUACCAGUUAAACACCAGAAGACCCACCAAAAUAUGAGUUUGAUAACAUUUCAAAAGAUGGGCAUUCCCCCCAAUGAAAUACACAAGUAAACAUUUCAAACAUUGUCUUUAGGAGUGAUUGUUAAAAGCUUUGCACCUUGCAAAAAAGGUCCUGGAGUUGGUAGAUUGCUGUUGAUCCUUUAUUACUAAUGUUCUAUAGAGAAAAAAUAUAUGGAUGUAUGUAUGUAUGUAUCUAUCUAUAUAUAUAUAUCUUAGUCCUUGCCUCUCAAGAGCCACAAAUGCAUGGGUGUUGUCUAGAUCCAGUUGCACUAAAUUUGUCUCUGAAUCUUGGCUGCUGGAGCCAUUCAUUCAGCAGUCUUGUCUAAGUGGUUUAUUAAUUUUUUUUAUUUGCACUUCUUUCUAUGCAACACAGGCUGUUUGUUUUACAGUGUCUGAUUACCUUGUUUGUCUAUCGCUGCCCACCCUCCUUCAUCCCCGUUAUAUUUGCCCAAAUGUGGCCUCCUCCAUAGCAGCAGCAAGCAGUCAAGUAGCACACCAAUAUUUAACCCACCAGAUUCUAUCUGUGGCACUGGUACAAAAUAUAAAUCAGAUGCAUUUGCUGUAGACACAAAGCUUUAUUUUUCCACAUCUUGCUAAAAAGAAAAUGCAAAUAGUUGCAACUUUGAGGCCAAAUGUUCUUAGGUGUAUGUGUUAAGUCUAGAAAGUCUCAAACUCUCAACAGUUCCUUCAAAUGAUGAGUUAGUGUGCGACCUAAUUAGUAACUUCUCUUUGAUUUUUUUCCAUAUAGAGCACUAUGUAAAUUUCACAUAUCAACAUUACAGGAUAUAUCAAACAGUAUGUAAAACUCUCUUUUUUUAGUACAAUGGUGCUAUUUUUGUAGUUUGUGAUAUGAAAGAGUCUGGCCAAAAUGGUAAAAGGUGAAAGCAAAACAAAACAAAAAAAAAAGGAUGCCUGGAGCCAAAGACACAGAGGGGAAGGGUCCUAAAACUCCAGUACCCCCGAUUACGCCUUCCAAGAGAAAUUGAAAACACAAAGUCCAGCGAUGCAAAUUUGUUUAGCAAGUCCUGAGAGGAGUGGAAAAAGCAGAAGGUUAGGAAUUUAAUAGUCCUGGUUUCUUCUCACUGAUGAAACAAACAUCUGCCGACUCGGCCACGGACUCACCACUUUGUGACCUUGGGCAAGUCACUUCACCUCUGUGUGCCUCAGUUUCCUCAUCUGCAAAAUGGGGCAAUAUGCCAUCUACCUACCUCACAGGGGUGGUAUGAGGAUUAAAAAGAUAAAGCUCCAGAUUAUUAUCCUAAAUUGCUACGAGGGUGGAAGGUCAGAGCCCUUGAGUCAUUGGGAUGCAAGGAAUUCUAUAAACAGCUCAUUCAGAGCAUAGCUAGAAAACUGAUUAGCCAAAUGCUCCUGACAUGACAAUUUUUGUCAACGAAGCCAUCUAAUUAAGUAUCCAACUAGCUAGUUGUUAAAAGUUAGCAAUCAGAUUGAUCUCUUUUAAAACACUUUUCAAAAUAAGUUAGAAACAUUUGAUUAACAACUUGAUUUUAAAUUCUGCAUCUGGGUUCAUAAAUACAAAGUGAAAAGAGGGAAAUAAAAAGAAAAUAAAGAGAAAAACAAAAAGAUUUCUACCAGCAAAAGGGUGAUUACUCAAUUUGUUAGCACUCACUGAUUUCUAGGCAGUUUCUAGAAAUCCAGUAAUACUUCUUUUAAUAUUAUGAUACUCCAUUCAUUUUGAACAACAGUUAUUCCAUCUUUAGGCAACCUACAAAAGAUGGCCCAAGAUUUCAACUAUUGAAAUAAUAUCUUAUAAAAAGUCACAGUUACUUUCUUUAAUCAAUUUUGCUCUUAUUCUUGGCUAUAUAUAUUAUUAUUUUGUUGUUGCUGUUGUUAAAAUACCCUUGAUUAGAGUUGCUAGUUUAUAGGCCAAAAUUUUCUUCAGAGCUAGAAAUUUUCCCUCAUGUCUUAGAAGAAUGGCCCCUAUGAAUGUGUCUUAUCCAUUCAACUAAAAAUUGGUAUGAAGAAAAUCCAAAGUUGAGGGCAGGCCCAUGGUUGAGGGCAGGCCUAAAAAAUGUUUCCGGUCUCCAUACCAAAAUUUUCUUAUUAGAACAAUGAAUCAUCCACCAUUUGGAUCUUUUAUCGGCCUUAGAACUUUUUGGUGAGAAGCAACCAGGUUUAUUAUUUCAUGCACAUUGUACCCUUCUUAUUCUUGGAAAGUAUAUAUGGAAAACAAACAUUACAUGUUUAGUUUUCAUCCCACUGGUACACCUCAAGAUUCAGAGGCCAGAAAUAAAAAAAUUAAAUUAAAUUGAAAAAGACUUCCUGGAUCUCAGAAUGUAUGCAAAAAGAAGGCCUAUUUACUGGAUGCCCUGGCUCAGCCAACAAGUAUUUUAACCCUCAGUGCACAGUGUUAUUUGAGUUGAGCAUCUCUGGUGUACUGAGUGGUGUUCUAACCACUAUGGACAGAUGUGAAAGGAACUACAAGUCAUUUUUGUCCUUCAUCUGUUCCCACACAUAUGGGUUCUGCAGAGUGAGAUGCUGUACUCCUCUUCCCAAGGUGGCACUUCUAAUUUUAUUUCUUGUUCCUAGAAUGCACCUUUUAAAAUCACUGACUCCCAGAGACAUUUUACAUGUAUUCUUCUGCCGACCUAGCUGGAUAGGGUAAUUCUAAGAGUGUCUAUGACUUACUUAAUUCACUUAGCAAUUCUAUUCACAGCCCAGAUGCCCCAAUGAGGAAAGCUUAAAUAGACAAAAAGACAUAAUCUUUCUUAACUUUUUCCAACACAUGUCCUCUCCAACUACAUCAUAAAUCAACAAAUUAAAAAGUAACUAAUUAUUAUACUAACCCAGUAUCUUAUUUGCAAAUGAAUUAAAACUAGAAGACAAUUUGAUGUAAACUGCAAAAGUCCCUUGGUCCCCAUACACUCCAGCAGAAUGUCCCAGGAUUGACAGAGAGGGAGCACCUAACAUUUCACAACUCAAAACUUCAUAAGCUUUGCUUUAAAUUUUAAAAUGAGGAAAUUUCAGGAUGUUUAUGAAAGAGCCGUACAUACUGGUAGGAAUUAGCUUUCAACGUAUAGGCUUAUUUCUGAUUUAAAUGACAAUACAGAAUACCUAAGUCAAAUUUCUACUCCAGCUUCCCCACAUAGUAUAAUAGCACUAUUUGAACAUUUUAAGAUGAGGAGGCUCCCCUGAAAAAGCUAAUGAAUCUUUCCAUCAGAAUCCACUCUUCUAGACCUAAAAAAACUCUCCCACUCUCUCUCUCUCUCUCUCUCUCUCUCUCUCUCUCUCUCUCUCCCAGAGAGUCCAAUGGAAUACUUAAAAAAUAAUAAUAAUAAUAACUUCCUGGAAAAAGAAGAAAAAGCCUGGCCACCUUGAGAAUCCUUCCCCUCCUGGGAAUGUCAAUGUUUGUGUAGAUGGAACCAUCUCAUGCACUGUGGCUCCAGGGUUUCCGUUACUACUUCAUGCACUAGGGGGAUUAAAUUGGAGGAUGUAGCACAAUUUUGCUUUCCCAUUUAUUGUUUGGCCAACUAUGCCAACGUGGUGCUAUUGUUUCUUUAAGAAAGUACUUGACUUAAAAAAAGGAAAAAAAAGAAAAAAGAAAGCAUGGACAUAUUUUUUUAAAGUGUAAAAACAAUAAUUCUAUAGCUAGGUGGCUUCAUAAAACAGCACUAGGUCUAGUCACCACCACCUUUCAACUUCUUAUCACUCACAAGUAGCAGACUGUUCACCAAAUUGUGAGUGUGGUGGUGUGGGGCAGAAGAUGGAAAAUUUUUCGAAUCACAAGGCUCCACUCUUUUGUUGGCUCUCAGCAAAAUUAGCACUAUGUUACCCAAUCUGAACACCUGGAUCAAGAGCAUGGAAUAUAAAUGGGGCAAAAAAAUACUUUAUAGAAAAAUGGCAGAACUAAAAAGAUGGUUAAGUUACUUAUUGAUUUUUUUUUUUUGGUGUGUGCUGUCUGCUCUAAAACAGAUAUUCAGCAAGUAGAGAAAAAUACGGAGAGAAAAAAUGCAAAAAUUCACCUUCUGAAAAUAGCAUCUGCCCCAUUUCCCUUGAGUAAAUUUUUAGCAUUGGCUGGUUUAUAGAAAAUAUUCUCCCUUCAUCUAAACAUCUCAGAGAGCAAUAGCUCCCAUGAAAAGCAAUCACUAAUCUCACUGGGAAGUGUUGGAAAGUAUUUCUUUAUGAGCUGGGGGUUAUCUAUUGAUAAGGAAAGAGAAGAAUUUAGGAGAAAUCAUUGAAAGAAAUGGCUAACAAUCUGUGAAGACUUUUUUUUAACUUUAUAUAGUCUUUUUAAAUAUCUUAAUGUUCAAAAAUGACUUGGUUCUUUCUUCUUCUUUUAUAUUGGAAUAGGGGUGAUAAGUUAAACCCAAAUAGACUUUAAAACUAUAGGCUAGAUAGAAUAUACGUUUGACUUGUCAAAACUCUAAUCAGACUAUCUAAAAUGUUUUUGCUAUUUUUAACCUUAAAAGAUUGUACUAAUAUUCGAGACAGAUCCUGUUAGCGCUCUUCUUUGGAAAGAGCAUUUCCACUCAAAUCACCUGGGCUUUCCCAGCAAUGUUUUCAAAAGAUAAAUCUGACUUAUGCAUCAUUGUGGCAUCAUUGAUUUUAAAAUUUUAAUUUUUUAAAAUAGAAGAAUUGUGAUUCUUUAUGCCCCUCUCCUGCAAUGAUCAAAAAGUCCAGAAACUGAGGAGGCAAAAACAAGAAGAAAAUUUUGUUGGUUCUUUGUUGUUGGUUUGUUUGUUUUCAAUGCUAGUGUUUAAUCCUAUAAUACAUAUUUGCUUAUCAAUAUUUUAAUAUUCUAAAAGACUUUCCUGUUAGGUAUUAGAAACUGAUGCAUAGAUAUCUCUUUUUUUGUAUGAUUUCUAUUUUUUUUUAAAAGGAGAUGAGAAGACUGUCUGAAGCUUUGAGUGCGUAUGGUACAAGAUAAAGUAUCAAUUUAAAUAACUAAGUCCUAUCUGGAACAAUAUUUUGCUUUAGGAAACCUCUUCCUAGAUAAGAUAGAGGCCCAGGGAAUUUUUGAAACUGUCUUUAUUCCUCCCAGUCCUUAUUCAUUUAGUAUCUGUCUCAAAAAUAUAGAGAGGGCCUAGAAUUAAAGGGACCUCUUUAAAAACAUAAGUUUUACAUCUUGCCUCUUAAUUUCUGAUUACACCUUGACCUUCAACAUGGUCCCUCUUUUUCCCCGUUCUUCAGCUGUCAUUGAUAAGGUCUUUUGAGGGGGAGAAAAAAAGACAUUUUUUUAAUUUAAAAAACGAAAACACAAAAGCCCAAAUACCACUGCCCAGUUGAAAUAUGAGUUAACAUGGAGGACACAGAGUUCCUCCUACUUAACCCACAGAAUCACCUUCAAAAUGAUCUUUCAAAAAGAUCCUUAGAAUCUGCCCUCUUUUUUUAUUUGCCCAGGCCAACAGUACCUGAAAAAUAAAUAUCACUCAUUUUCUUUUGCCCAAAAUACACUGAUGUAAAAGUAGGAAAAUUGAAAACAGAACUCCAAAAUCCCUUCCAAGCCCCCCACUGGCCCUACUCACUCACCCUCACUCACUGAUGGCCAAGCCACUUCCACUAAUCCCUUAAUCUGAAUUCUUUUGGAUAUUUAUCUUGUACCUGCUGCUAUACACACUGCAGGAGGGACUCUGAAACCUCAAGCAUCUCCUCACAUCUCUCAUCUGUGUCUGUGUAUCAUUAACAUGUCUAUUCAAAACUUUCAACAACUUUCAAACAUCAUGCAGCUCAGAUUCAGUUUACAUAAGGGCCCCAAAUACCAUGUCAGAUCUCUUUUUGCUAAGAGGGUUAAUAAACUCUGAGAAAUGGGAUUACAUCAUGUGUUUUGCUUCAUAUGUUUUUAUCACACUUACAGGCCAAGUGUGAUAAAUAAACUUACAGACACUGAAUUAAUUUUUCCGGCUACUCUGAAAGCAGAAAAUGGGGUUCAUUGACUUGGUCAUUCAUUACAUCUGUCUUUGUGCACAAGCAUAUUUUUUAUUAAGUGAACUCUGAUUGUAUUUGAAAUUAUUAUUCAUUUAUGGCAGAGGAAUAUCAAUCCUAAUGACUUCUAAAAAUGUAACUAACUGAAUCAUUAUCUUACAUUUACUGUUUAAUAAGCAUAUUUUGAAAAUGUAUGGCUAGAGCGUCAUAAUAAAGUGAUAUAUCUUU